AAACGUACUUUACAUUUAAUAUUAGGAAUAUUUGUUGGUAUAUUUAUUGGACAUUUUUUACGACAACAAUUACAAUUACCAAUAAAUUGUACAAUGGCUAACAAUCAAAAAAUAUGGGAACCAACAAUUGAGCCAUUGAUAAAUGAAACAACAAUAUUACCAGAUAAAACAUUAAUAUUUGUUGGUGUGAUGACGGCUGCUAAAUACUUAGAAACACGUGCUAAAGCUGUUUAUAAUACAUGGGGUAAAGAAUUACCUGGUAAAAUCAUAUUCUUUAGUUCAGAACAAUCACAUAGCAAUUCAAUACCGUUAGUUUCAUUAAAAUCGGUCGAUGAUAGUUAUCCACCACAAAAAAAAUCAUUUUUAAUGUUAAAAUAUAUGUAUGAUAAUUUUUUGGAUCAAUAUGAAUGGUUCUUACGUGCGGAUGAUGAUGUAUAUAUACGUGCAGAACGUUUAGAAGCGUUUUUACGUUCAAUUAAUAGUACCAAAGCACAAUUUAUUGGACAAGCUGGACGGGGUAAUAAUGAAGAAUUUGGUUUGUUAUCGUUGGAGUAUGAUGAAAAUUUUUGUAUGGGUGGUCCUGGUAUUAUAAUGAGCCGUGAAACUUUAAAACGGAUUGCACCACAUAUACAAUAUUGUUUAAAUAAUUUAUAUACGAAUCAUGAAGAUGUUGAAGUGGGCCGGUGUGUGCAAAAAUUUGCUGGAAUUCCAUGUACUUGGUCCUAUGAAAUGCAAUCAAUUUUAUACCAUAAUCAAAGUGGUUCAUCUGCGUUUACUGGUAAAUUGAAGACUCGUGAAGUACAUCGUGCCAUUACUCUACAUCCAAUCAAAAAAUCAUCCUAUAUGUAUAGACUGCAUAAUUAUUUUAAGGAAUUAAAAAUUCAAUCGUUGAAACAAAUUCAAAUACAAACACAUCGUGAAAUUGUUCGUUCACAAUCACAUCUUAAUGUUAAUGGUCAAAUGGAGUUUAUUGCUGAAGAAGUACCGCUGCACAAUGCUUUAAAAGGCUCCCCACAAUAUCUAGGUGACACGAAUCUCCUAGGAGUGGAACCUGGAUUAACAAGACAUCAUCCGAAAAAUUUAGAAGAUGUGCUAGUUUGGAAUUUUCUCGCUCGUUCAGUUUAUUCAGCAACCGAAUCAAAUCCAAGAAAAAAAAUUGACGCAAGUUUGGCAGAGGGAAUUAAUGAUGUUAUAAUGGAGGUUAUGGAAACAAUAAAUAUGUACUCAAAGCAAAGGGGUCGGAUUAUAGAUUUUAAAGAAAUUUUAUACGCUUAUUCAAGGUUGGACCCAUUACAUGGUGUUGAUUGGGUAUUGGACUUAUUGUUGGUGUAUAAAAAAUAUAGAGGUCGGAAAAUGACUGUUCCUGUUAGACGACAUGCAUACGUUCAGCAAACAUUUACAGGAUUGGAAAUACGUGAAAUUCCAUUACCAACGAAAACCAAGGAAACAAAUAAAGAUAAAUAUCAUCGAAAAAAUAUUAAUACAUUAUCUACACAAUACGCAACAAAACAUAUUGGACAUAAAAUUCAUAAAACAUUACAUGAUAGUAUUCAACAAAUCAAAGAACUAAAUCUUUUACCAUUUUUCGUGACAGCUGGUGGCGGUUCAAAUGGCCUACAAACUUACGAAUCUACAAAUAUAUUUCAAAAUGAAAUAAUUCAUAUAAUUCUACCAUUAUCGGGACGAUAUGAAACAUUCCAAAGAUUUUUAACAUUUUAUGAAGAAGUAUGUAUUUUAAAUAAAGAAAAAACAAAAUUAUAUAUUAUUUUAUACGAGAAUAACGAAUCAACAUACGAUUAUCAACGAACAAUGGAUUUAAUUAGUAAAUUACAGAAAAAGUAUUCGAAUUAUAAUGAUAUUACUGUUGUUGAAAUGUUUGAUCGUCCAUUUUCACGUGGUCAAGCGUUACAAAUCGGUCUUGGAGAAUGUGAUACAAAUGAUUUAUUAUUAUUUAUCGAUGUCGAUAUUAUUUUUACUAGUAAAUCUUUAAUGAAAGUGCGAUUAAAUACAAUUAAAAAUAGACAAGUUUAUUUUCCAAUAGUGUUUAGUGAAUAUGAUCCGGUUUAUGUACAUGUACCGAUUCCUAAUGAUAUUUGUACGAAAAGUAUUAAUUCUACUGCCAUUAAUUAUAGAAGUCUAAUUAAUAAAACUAACAAUAUUAAUAAUUUUAAUAUAAAUGAUAAUGUUGGAUAUUGGCGAUUAUUUGGAUAUGGAAUUUUAAGUGCAUAUAAAUGUGAUUUAGAAACAAUUGGUGGUUUUAAUACAACAAUACAAGGAUGGGGUUUAGAGGAUGUGACUUUAUUUGAUAAAUUUAUUAAAUCAAAUUUGAAUAUUAUCCGUGUACCUGAUCCAACAUUACGACAUGUGUACCAUCCAAUUGAGUGUAGUGUUCAAUUAAGUGAUACGCAAAGACAAAUGUGCCUUGGUAGUCAAGCGAAUACGUUAGGUUCAUGGCGGACUUUAUAUAAUAUUGUUAUGGCGAAUGAUAAGAUAUUUGAGUAUAAAAAAUUGCGAAGACCUGGAAGUUAAUUUGUAAAAAGAAUAUUUACAUAAAAUAAUUUAAUUUUUUCGUA